AACCCCACGCGAGAGGUCGACCUGUCGCUACACCAGCAGCACGAGAUGAUCAGCAGCGGCAGCGUCUAUGGCUUGAAGAUGCAGUGGACCCCCGAGCACAGCCAGUGGGCCGAACAGCACUUCGACAUCUCCUCCACCACUCGCUCGCCGGCCCACAAGGCUGAGGCCUACAGGGCGGUGCCCGGCCACCUGCAGCACUCCGCCGCCUACCAGUACGCCUGGGCCAACGACGACAUCUCGGCCCUCACCGCCUCCAACCUGCUCAAGAAGUACGCCGAGAAGUAUUCCGGCAUCCUGGAGAUGCCCGGCUCCUAUAACUCUGAGGUCCCCGGGGUGAUGAACGGACGCAAAGCUGAAUCGGAGCCCUGGCAGGAUGGCGUCUACCCCAUGAGCUGCAUCCCUGAGGGGGUUUCCAUCCGAAAGGGAGGCGUGGCGGCGGCCUCAGAUGUGGCGUCUGGCAUGUGCAGCUCCCCGGGCCUGGCCUCCAGCACCCUGAGCGAGCCCAGUUACUCCAGCAGCGGCUGCGGGAGCCACACCGCCACCAUGGCCUCUCAGGACUACGGCCCCCCAUACGGCGGCUCCUACCUGCACAGUAGUUACAGCUCACAGUCCGCCCCGGCUCCGGCGCUUCCCUCCCCGCUGCACAGCUCUGGGCUCCUGCACCCGGCCCCUCCGCCGCCCUCCCACCCCACUUUAGUCCCAUCGUACAACGGAGGCUCCCCGAACUUGUCUAGUUAUAAUUACCCCCCGGCAGGCUACUCGGCUCAGAGCUCAGUCGGGCCAGGAUACAGCCCUGGGGGAGCGCCCCCUCCAUCCUCAUACCUGCCCUCAGGCAUCGCUGCGCCUACACCCCUCCCCCCCUCUUCUGCUUUACCUGGAUACCCAUACCAGAGCCACAACUUGACCCCAAUCGCCCCCACACCUCUCAACAGCAGCUCCUCCAACUCACUGAAGAGGAAAGCCUUCUACAUGACAGGCCAAGGGGAGAUCGACUCCGCUUACGGGAACUUUGGCUACGGCCAGGCCCGGAGCGCCGCCGAGAGCCCCAUGUACAGAAUAGCUGACAGCAGCAGCGCCAACGGAGGCUCCAACAGCGCCGGGGGUGGAGGAUUCGACAGAGGUGCCGAAAAGCCGUCUUUGCCUUUUAAUCCUCAGAAGCAGUCCACGAUGCCCUCGGAGCAACAGCAGAGGAAGUACGGCGGCCAGGCGACGGGUGGUCCGCUGACUCCACCGGCCUAUGUCACCUCCACCCUGGGGGGUUCCCGCUCAACCGAUUCUCUAGCCAGCUUCACCUCCCCGUCCCUCAGUGAGCAAAGCGCCGAUGACCACCGGAUCCACCUCUCCCACUCGGCGCCAGGGCCUACCUCCUCCUCGUCCACUUCCUCCUCCCGGCCUGCCGAAGAGCAGCUAAAAACCAGUGACCCCCACCUUCUAGACAUGGUUACCUCUGAAAUCGUCCAGCAGGGCCCCCCAGUGGAUUGGAUUGACAUUGCAGGACUAGAAGUGGCCAAGGCGACCCUGAAGGAGGAGGUCCUGUGGCCCAUUCUGCGCCCGGACAUGUUCAGCAGUUUAGGACCCGCCCCGCGGUGCUUGUUGCUGUUUGGCCCCAGGGGCAGCGGCAGGACGUUGCUGGGUCGCUGCCUGGCCAGCCAGCUGGGGGCUCCCUUCCUCCAGCUCAGCGGCUCCACGUUGGCCACCAAGUGGCUGGCAGAGGGGGAGAAGAUUAUCCGGGCGUCCUUCCUCGUGGCACGCUGCCGGCAGCCUUCUGUUCUGUUCAUCAGCGAGGUGGACAUGCUGCUGUCGGCACACCUGAGCGAAGAGAGCCCCAUCAAGCGGCUGAAGGGGGAGCUCCUCGCCCAGUUGGACUCACUCCUCAUGGGCUCCGGCGAGGACGCGGGCAACCAAGUGUUGGUGGUUUGCUCCACGAGCAGACCCCAGGACAUGGACGAAGGGCUGCGCCGGUACUUUGCUCGGAGGGUCCUGGUGCCCCUGCCGGAUGCCGGAGCCCGACACCAGAUCGUGGGUCAGCUCCUGGCUCAGUCUCAGCACAAAUACUGCUUGAGCGAGGAGGAGCUGGCGCUGCUGGUCCAGCGUACCGAGGGAUUCUCCGGCCUGGACCUGGCCAGACUCUGCCAGGAGGCCCUCGUGGGUCUGUUGCACGUCUCUGCGCAGGGCAUGGACAUGUCGGGUAUGAUGCCCCGGGGACAGGUCAGGCCCCUCACCUACCAGGACUUUGAGAGUGUCUUUUGUAAAUUCCAAGCCAGUAUAUCACAGAAGGAGAUCGACACGUACACUGAGUGGAACAAAAUGUUCGGCUGUAGCCAGUGAAAAGAUAGAUUCCGCCCUUGAGAAAAAAAAAGAGGCAUCCAAAAUUCCUCCCCUCAGGGCAGAAGCAUUGUGCUGGAGGGAGAGGCACGCAGAAGGCCAACGCGAGCCCACCGAGUUCUCACAAGCAGGUUUUAGACUGGGAGAGCUGGUUUGAUCUGGUUUCAUCUGGUUUGAUCCGACGACUGGCAGGUUUGCAGUUCAUGAGCAAGGGUUUUAAUUUGAACGCUCGACACUCCAGAAAGCCAGGCAUUGUUUACACAUUGCAAGCAAGUUGGCUUCAGAAGAGACGCCCCAGUGUCUGUGUACAUAAAUCGUUAUGUUCUUGUUCUUGAGAUUUCGUUGGCUAUCCAAGUGCCUGAAGUGGCGCUUUCUGAUUUUCUUACUUUUGUUUAUUUGCCUCACGAUCUACAUUCACGGCACGAGCUGACGAUUAUUCAGAGGAGGAUUGACAGUCGCCAUGAUCUUUAUUGUCCUGCUAGUAACCGGUCAGGGCGGCAGUAGUCUGGGCCCGGACUCAUCUCUUCUGACACGAACAAACGUAACAAACAAAACUCAGGAAAGCGUGAGUGAAUUGUACCUGAAGGUAUCUUGAUGGGGGGGGGGAAAGCACUAAGAUCUGAGGGGAGACCCCAAAGUGGUUUUGGUUCAUGUUUAGUCAUCCGUGCCUCGACGGUUCAGGAUAAUUAGCGAAGAGGUGACGAUGAAUGUACGAGAUAUUUUCUGGAAUGAGGGGUCGUAAUCAAAAGCGAGAGUUCAAACAUUUAUUUUUUAUUUUCCUCGCACAGCAGGUGCUUGAGUUGUUUUCACUUUACCAAUCUUGAAACUUAUUUCCAUAGCUUGUUACAUUUUUAGGGGGUUUCUUGAAGCGAUGAUGGGAGUUGUAUAUUUAUUGAAACAACCAUAAUCUGCAUUGUUUAUACAAGCGAUCUCGGCUCCGUGGUUCGGCCGCACGGAGUCGCCAUCAGUUCGUCGGCUAACUUCUGCACAAAUGACCAGCUCAUUUGUCAUUUUAUUCAGUGGGCGGAGAUUUAUUCUCUGAGAGAGAUGAACUUGAUGCGAAAAAGUCCUCCAAAAAAUCCAAAGGAACAGUUCGACAUUUUGGGAAAUUCGCUCAUUCACUUAGACGAGAAGAUCCAGCUAGUGCCGUUACCCAGUUAGCUUAAUUUGGCUAGCCUGGCUUGGUCGGAAUUUAACAACAUUUGUAUUUUUUUGCUUGUAUAAACUGAAGCAAUUUGUGGUUUUACGUGCUGCUCAGCUAACGGGCGGUUAGCUAACGGGCGGUUAGCUGUAGCCUCGUAAAGAGAGCGGUGAUCGACAUUCUCAUCUAACUCUUGCCAAGAGAGCCAAUAAGCUUAUUUCCCCAAAAUAUCAAACUACUCUUUUAGAUCCCAGUGAUAUCAAAGACGAUUUACUGUAUCUCUUUGUGCGAAUUAAAUGUUUGACUUAAUGUCACUUCACUGAAUUUCCCCGCGGGGGAUCGAUGCCGGCGUAUCUUAUCUUGUCAUUCCUUCUCGUUACGCCAGUAAAACAGAAAUGCUGUCUUGGAAAUCCGUACGCUGCUCAUCUGUUGCGUUCAAGGAAAAUCAGUUUUUUCUUUAUAACAAGGAUUAAGGGAGCUCAUUCCAAAUAUCCUCCCCGCUUUUAAGUUGCAUUUGAUAUGUGUCACAACCUAGAUAUGGAAAUACGGAUUUUGCAAAGUUGCCUUGUCACUCACGCUGUUCAGCUGCACGUGAACUGGAUUAUCUGUAGAAUGGGAUGCCACUCCUGAAAUUAAAAUGAGACACGGUCACUCAUCCAGCACACAUUUUACAUGCUUUUUACAAGCGUGGAAAGUAGACAGUAAAAUUACUGUUUUUCUCUCUCCAUGCUUCCUAUCUGUAACUGUACGGCUCAGUUUGAACGUGUCACUAUAUUUACACACACACAUCAUCCGGACACACACAGCUUUUGUACCGCGAGUGAGGAACUGUGGCACGACUCUUGAGAAGUCCUCGUCCCUGAAGGUCGUCUCUGGGCCGUCGUGUCGCAUUGGAAUGUAUUUUUAUUUCUGCACUGAAGCUUCUUGAGUGCAAUUAUUGUUUUUGUUGAGGUGUAUCCGCUUCGUCCGUCUGCUAUUUAUUCCUGAAGGAGAUCGAUGAUCCGCUUUUUUUACACUUUUACUGUACAUCCGGCUUUAAAAAAAUAAGUAGAUAUAUAAAGUGUUAAGUAGGAGCUACAUAGCGCGUGUUCAGGCGAGAUCUCUGGGCCAGACAUCGUCA